AUGAAGCUCAAUACCGUUUCGUGGAACAUUAUCAAGCACUGGAUCCACAAAAAGGAAGUCUACGAGAAAGAAAAUGGCGAGCCCGCCCCUCUAACCCUCAUGGAGCGCCGCGCCCUCAACAUCCUCGUCCCAGGCGUCUGCCCCAUGCCCCCUCAGGCAGAAUCUACUAUUUCGGACCAGCGGGACCCCUCGGCGGGCCAGCAGCGCUUCGUGGCUCAAGAGGCCCAGCGCCGCACGUCCUCUCAGCGCCGGCGGUCCAAGUCCCCGCUUCGUUCCGAGGCCAAGUUGUCGGCCCGCACUUCGCGCGACGAGGCUUCGGAGCAAGGAACGCCCAAGGCUAUCCUCGUCAGCGAUGAUGGUAUUGCCACGCACGUCAAGGUUGGACGGGCUGUUGACCCCGAUUAUGAGAAGGCCGAUUGGGUCUCGACGCUUCUUAAUUUUACGACCGUCAAGAAUUUGGCCAGGCCCGACUUCGUUUUCUUCACCGUCGACGACUUGGGUCCCAAGAUCCAGACAAAAUGGGGCUGCUUCUGUGACCUCCCCGACAAGAGGAAGAGGUUCCCUUGCAAGGAGUCCGGGCUCAUCGACGGUCAGGUGCCGUGCUUUAGCUCGAAGAAGGACGCCAAGCAGUACGCCUCCAAGAGCGCCCUAAAUUCCCUUUCCCCCAAUGCGAAGCCCUUGAAGUUCCAGGAUCAGGAGGUCCUCCACCCGGCUAAUGCCAUCGCGUUGAUCGCUGCGACCGCCGCUCCUGCUCCCGCUCCUUCUACUUCCACAGCGGCUCCCACAACCGCCCCGGCUGCUCCAGUUGCCCCCAUGGCUCCCGAGACUACCGCCGAAGUCCCGACGACCGCUCCCGCCGCCGCCGAAGUCGAAAUCGAAGCGGAGACCGAAGACGCCGGCGCCAAGCUCGACGCCGACGUCCUCAUGUCGACUGAUGCCGUCAGUAUACCCGACGCUAAGCCCCCGACCCCGAUCCCGACCGAUGUUACCGACGAGCCACAUACUAAAUCCCCCAGUAGAAGCAGCAGCAGAAGUAACCGAAAGAGGAACUACGAGUUCGACGACGAGCCCGAUGCGAUUGACCAAGUUUUGAAGGCUUGUGAUCGAUUGAAGCUUCGAUACCCACAUUUUGAGGUUACACCAAGUGAUAAUAUGCCUAAUUUUUACGACGUACGCGUCGACUUUGGGAAGGAUUCCGAUCUUCUCCCCGAGGGUUUGGGAAAUGUGGACUCCAUUCUCACAAGAGGGGCUGCUAAGGAGGCUGCCGCCAGUCGUGUGCUAGAAUGGCUGUUGCAGCAUGAGAGGGACCGGAGGAAGGAUGACGAUUCGACCAUGUUCUGCGCUUGA